CCAAACCACACAAAACAAUGACACAUGUUUCCAAACAACCUCCGGGUUUAGUGUUGACUACCGACUUUGUCACAGAAGAAUUCGAAAAGAAAGUCUUGGAAACGUUUCUCAGCGAGCUCGAGUGGCCAGAUCGUAAUGGCCGACGAUCUCUUCACUAUGGCUACACAUUCUGCUACAAGACGUUCAAGAUAGACCGAGACAUCCCAUACGAACCGUUUCCACCGUGGCUUAACCAGCUUCUGCCGCCAGGCGAGACUGAGCUUCCAGAUCAAGUGUGCAUCCAGCACUAUCCGCCGGGAGCUGGCAUUCCGCCACAUGCGGAUACGCACAGCGCCUUUGAUCAGCUCUACUCCCUGUCACUAGGCUCGCCUGUCCUGAUGCAGUUUGCGCACCCAGAAACGGGAGAGAAGCUCGACAUCGACUUACCAGCGCGCAGCAUGGCCCAAUUCAGCGGCGAUGUCCGCCUGCACUGGACGCACUCCAUUCGUGCCCGGAAGACCGACCCUCUGUCCGACGGCACAGUUCGCUUACGACAGGAUAGGUGGAGCAUUACAUAUAGGUGGCUGCGGCCUGGAGGAGUGUGCAACUGCGGUGAUAUGAGGCUCUGCGACACGGCAAAGGAGCAGCAGGGCAUUGAAAAGGAAUACCGCUGGAAAGAGGCGGCGGCGGCAUAGACGAAAUACACAUGGAUGGAGAACGGCGCAUGGGAGGCUAUUCUGCUAUUGCAGGUGUUAUUGCAGGAAUCAUCAUUUUAUACCCAUUUACGACUUUGAUGCAAUACCAUGUUUUUCAUUUUGACGACAUUGAUCACCAUUC